AUGAUCGGACACCUAAACGUACCUUCAUUAGAUUCUACUGGAACACCAAGUAGCUUGAGCCCGAUUGUUAUUCGUGAUUAUUUGCAAGGAGAACUUGGGUUUAAAGGACUGGUGAUUAGUGAUGCAUUAAAUAUGAAAGCCGUUGCUGAUCGUUAUGGGAAAACGGAUGUUGUCGUUAAAGCGUUUCAGGCGGGAUGCGACAUCGUGUUGUUUCCGGAAAGUGUUACUGAAGCGAUUAAAGCGAUUGAGGAGAAAGUAAAUGCAGGAGAAAUAACACAAGAAGAAAUCGAUCAACGUUGUCGUAAAAUUCUGAAGGCAAAAUACAAAGCAAUUGUUGCGCCGAAGGAUUACAAAGCCUACGAUAAAUAUGAGCUGGAACUAGCAAAAAAGCAAGUGUAUGAAAAGGCGAUCACUGUAGUGAAAAACGAUGGGAUUUUACCAAUUCAACGUUUCGAUCAGCGUAUUGCACACGUAAGUAUAGGUUCGCAUACAUAUCCAUUGGAUAAAUCGAUGAAGUUGGUGGCGCCAGUGGAUCAUUUUCAUUUCUACACGGUAGAAGAAGCACGAAAUCGCUUUUCUGAAAAAUUGAAAGAUUACGACUUGAUUAUUACUUCAUUUCAUUCGAACACGGUACGCUCCAGAAAUGAUUAUGGAAUGCCCAAAGGAUGGAAAGAGUGGAUCAGUGAUAUUCCGACAGAAGCAAAGCAGGUGUUAUUGAUGUUUGCGAAUCCACAAGCGAUUCGAGCGUUGGAUACCCGUCGACCAAAUGCAAUUGUCAUGGGAUACGAAAAUCAUUCCUUGGUGCUGGAUCGUAUGGGACAAUUUGUGAUGGGAACAUUUGCGUCAAGUGGAAAAUUACCAAUGACGAUUCCUGGAAAGUAUGCUUCGGGGCAUG